UACACACGAAACUGUCACAUCUGUCAUUCACGUUCUUGCCAUGUUUACAUAUUUUACCUCGACCUCGACCAACAACAAAAAACAGUAUCCUCGUAAAAAUCGGUUUCAGUAAAUGUGUAGGCCAUCAAUACGAGUUGAUAAUAAAGAUAGCUAACCGUUUCAUAAUAAUGACUAGUGUUGAAAACAAAUCAUCUUCUGCCACUCCCAAAAAAAGUCCCAGACCAGUUCGCAAACAGAAACGAAUUUCAAAACUUAGCAAAGAACAGCUAGAACUUGCACUACGAAAGAAACGGGAAUGCAAUUCAAAAGCGUUGAAAAUCGUCGAGGAAUUAAUUGAGCAUCAUAUCGAUCACAAUUCAUUCAUAGAAAAGCUGCAGAACAUCAACCAAAGUCACUACGAUGACAUUGUUGAAGAGCGAUCGAUCACGAAAAUUUGUGGUUAUCCUUUGUGUGAAGAGGUCUUGACUGACAUACCAUCAAAACAGUUCCACAUCUCUACGACAACGAACAAAGUGUACGACAUUACUGAACGAAAGAAAUUCUGCAGCAAUUCAUGCUUUAAAUCGUCCAAUUAUCUGAAAGAACAACUACUGACGAGUCCGCUGUGGCUGCGCGAUCAAGAAACUUUGCCCGAUAUCAAAUUGCUGCCACACAAGCGUCAGGAACGGGAUGAUGGACAAGAUAAAGACAUUCUUAUAACAAAGCUAACUUCAAUGACAUUAAAAGAUGAUGGCGGUGAUGAGGAUUUGAAAAGUUGAAAUCUUUCGAUUUUGUUGGAUGUUGUAAAAAGUCUGUCUUAAAUUGGAGAAUAUAUUCGUAAGACUGACC